GGCCAUGAACGGCACCGCGAACCCGCUGCUGGACCGCGAGGAGCACGGCCUGAAGCUCGGCGAGAGCUUCGAGAAGAGGCCCAAGUCCUCCUUCCACACCAUCCGCUAUGAUUUUAAACCAGCGUCCAUAGACACCUCUUGUGAGGGAGAACUCCAGGUUGGCAAAGGCGAUGAGGUCACAAUCACCCUGCCGCACAUUCCUGGAUCUACACCUCCAAUGACUGUGUUCAAAGGAAACAAAAGACCGUAUCAGAAAGACUGUGUUCUCAUCAUUAAUCAUGACACCGGUGAAUAUGUGUUGGAAAAACUCAGUAGCAGCAUUCAGGUCAAGAAGACCAGAGCUGAGGGAAGCAGCAAAAUUCAGGCUCGAAUGGAACAGCCCCCUGCUCGGGCACCACCUCCACCACCACCUCCUCCUCCUCCUGUACCAUUUAGAGCCCCAAUGAAACCACCAGUUGGACCAAAAACCUCACCUGUGAAAGAUAACCCUUCACCUGAACCCCAGUUGGAUGACAUUAAGAGAGAGCUGAGAGCAGAGGUCGAGAUCAUCGAACAGAUGAGCAGCAGCAGCGGGAGCAGCUCUUCAGACUCCGAGAGCUCCUCAGGCAGUGACGAUGACAGCUCUAGCAGUGAAGGGGACGAGCCGGCCGCCCGGGCCUCCCCCUCCCAGCCUCCUCCCCAGCAGUUCAGUCACAGAAACCCUGUGGCCAAUGGCACGAGCCGGCCCCCAGGAAACAACCAGCUGAUGAACACUCUGCGAAAUGACUUACAAUUGAGUGAGUCUGGCAGUGACAGUGAUGACUAGCCUCGGAGCUUCCUGCCUCUGUCCCUUUGGAAGGAGAUCAUGUGGUGGUAGCAGGACACAGCACCAAGGAGAGCGCCUGGGGAUUAGUGAGCACUGAGGGGCUGUCACCGAGCACCGGUGCUCUUGUAUAUACUAUGUGAAUACAGUUUUAAAAGUUUUACCUAGGUCUGUAGAGUAAAUAACUAGGAGGGCUGUUUUUGGUUAAUGUUGUGGAUGGAAACCUGAACAGUUGGGGGAGGGGGAAUCUUGGUCGUUGAAAGGCUGAGUGAUAGACAUCCUUGGCAGUCACGAGUUUGGACGUGUCAUCUUCAUUGCUGAAGCAAAUUAUUUGGCCUUUGCGGGGAAAGCAGCACCCCUGAAGUGAGUUCAGGCCUCUUCUAAUUAUUGCCCAUGUGGAGAUGAAGGCUGUAUCCUUCCUUGCCUAAUUAGACCUGACCUGUUAGGCCAGUGGAGACACUUAGGCAUAGACUUUUAGAAGUAGAGAGAACAUUGUAUGUGAUCCAGUCCAAGCAGGGAGGCUUAGAGAGGCAGAUGCACGUAGGUAGUUAAUUAACAGAGUAAAACCCAAGGCUCCAGCACUUUCUCUAUUGUACCAUAAUGCCUCCCAUUAUAUUUAAUCAAAUAUUUAUUCAGCACCUACUGUGUGCAGAGCUUAGGUAUGGAGCCCAAUCAGAUGCAUAUUGGAGCUUUGUGCCUAGACUGUGAAAGUCAAGACUACCAUUUUACUUCUAGUUUGAAUGUGAGCCAGUAGAAGUUGGCUCUAUCCAGGACAGGAGAACCCCAUAUGUAGGCACAGUGACUGGAUGAAAAAGGAGCUUUGAGUACUGAGUUGAUAAGGGAAAACCAUGAGCCCAUGUUCAGCCUUCAUUGGACAUAAUUGAUUCAGUGGAUUUUAAAAGGAAUGGGGUUUAAAAAAAGAAAUAAUUGGAAUGGCUGUGAGUAGUAGGGGUUAGAGGAGAAAACUACUGAACUAGAAGUGAGUUUUUAAAAAAUAUCCCAGGAGGAGUUAAGAGAGUACAUGAGAGGAACAUGACUCUCCUUGAUUUGGGGAUAGCCUCCUCUUCCCCCUGUGCUUUUAUACAACUGUUUAAAUUACAGGUUGUAUUUUUCUAUAGCUAGAAGCAAGACAAAAUAGGCCCUGUUUUGUACAGAUCUGCAAAAUGCCUAAAAUACUGACAAAAUGAAAAUGUUGUUCUGGCACAGCAAUCCUAAGUUCAAACUAAGUGUACCUUAUUGAGUGUACAUGCAAUAGGUCUCCAUACAGUCUAAGUGAACAUCCCAUUGCCUAUAAUUAGAAUACUGGCCAUAUAGAUUUUAAAUUAAUUUCUGGCCUGUUGCCUCCCUGGCUCAUGCCUCCUUUUCACCCCCACCAUUCCCCUACCUAUCAGCUCUUCACCAGUUCUGUAGUAGGAGAAUUUGAAUCUAGACAUGGGAUACAAGACACAUGGGGGAAGCUCAAAGGAAUACAAUUAAGUGGAGCCAUAAUUAGGGGGUAGAAGGAAGGGGAGAAAAACUCUGCUUUCCCCUUACAAAUUGUCCAAAGAGAGCCGGGAGUUCAAGUAAGGGGGAAUAAACCUCAUUGCCUUGUGACCUUUUAAGUACUUUUUGGUUCUUACCCAAAUCUCAGGCUUUUAGAUUGAAUUUAAUGGAGUAUAAGAAUUUAUUUAUAAUGAAUUGAUAAUUUAUUUAUAAUCUUUUGGUAGUGUUGACAUUAGAGGUGGACAAUACCAUUAUCAGUUUAUAUUAUUGCUGGAAAUAAGGAAUAUUUAAAUAUUUCACUGCUAUUAUUAACUUGCCCAAUUCUUUGAGCCAGAUUUCAGUCAUUUGAGCUAAGGUUUCCUGUAUAACCUUUUAAAUUUUAAGUAAAAACAAAUGCUAAAGGAAACAGGCAGGGCCUUGGUUCUGACAUCUCCAAGUCAAGGUUCAUUUGCUAAUCGUCAAAAAGGAUUGUGUAAACGCAUUAUUUGCACAUAGCGCUAUGGUUAGUUAUUCAGAUAUAGUAAACUGGUAGGGGAAACAUGGAGGGGAGGACAUUCCAAGAAUAUGCACACUUUGGAUGACAACUUGGACAUGGGAGCCAAGGAUGUUUUCAACAUUUUGAAGCAUCUUAUGGAAUUUUUCAAAUUUUCUUUUAUUUGUUAUUUGUCUCCCAUCCUUUUGUUUUUGUUUAGAGCCCGGUGGUCAUAGUGGAUAGUCAGAAAUCUCAGAACCCUGCCUUUUGGAAAUACUUGUUGGACAAUGCUUAAAUUUUACAUCUAACAUCACAGUAGGAUUUGGAUGCUAGCAAACUCGAGAGUUUUAGCUGAAACCAAGACUACUUAUUCUUUAUUUGCCUUUUGUCUGUAACAGUCUCCUGUUUUUCUGUGUGUAGUGUUUAUAUUUGCUUGUCUUUGGUGGUGGGAAAACUUAAGACUCCAGAAUCCCUUUUCCUCGAUUAAGAUAACAGAUUCAGUAGGAUGUGUGCGUGUGCGUGUGUGUGUUUGUGAUGUAUUUAUAUGUUGUUUUGAAAGAAAUAAUUGUCAUGUGGAUGUAUAUUAGAUGAUAGUAAAAAUGGAAUUAUUCCAGUGUGGUGUGGCUGAAGUAAAAGACCAGUAGAAUAAUGAUCACUUGCCACAGCCAUAGCCAUUUCCCCAUCAUCACUUUUGUCCCAAGUUCAUUUUAACAAGUUAACUUAAAGUUGUCUGGCUCUGUGAUUGCAGUUUUUAAAAAUCCUAUGCCUAGAGUUUAUUUUCAUAGCUGCUUUACUAUAGGGUAGAAAUAUGCAUGUUUACAUUUAUGUAAAAUAUUUGCAGUGUAAAGUUUUAUAGUUUACUCUUUUAAAAAAGUCACUAUAUUUAAAUGAGAAAUUAAAGUCAGCAAUUCUUC